AUGAAGGCGACGCGUUUUUCUCUGACCUUCAUUGCGCUUGCGUUUUGCGGCAGUGGGCACGCAGGUCCAUGCAAGCCAAAGUCCUCAUCGGCAACUCUCGUUGGAACCUCUUCCACUGAAGCAACGCUUUCAGCUUCCACUGAAGUCUCGACUGACACUUCUGUUGCGGAGCCAUGGACAACCGACCUGUCUUCUGUCAUUUCCGAAUCUAUUACUUCAACAGCCACGGCGACAUCAGAUUCCCAAUUCUCCUCCUCGACUGAGCUUUCCACUUCGCUCAUUACUACCGACACAGCCACUGCGACCACUUCAGCUGCUGAGAUCUCCUCCUCGGCCGAGACUCUCACCACGUCCAAUACUGCUGAGGCGACCACUUCGGAUGCUCCGACAACAACCACCACCACCGAGGACUCCGCGCCCUCUAACCUCUUUCUGAACCCGUCCUUUGACGAGCCGAACGCCGACGGGGACCUUGACGGUUCUCCGUGGAUUUUGGGAGACAGUGUCUCUCCCCGCUCAGUCAGCAUCAACUCUGACCUUGCCCACUCCGGCUCCCAGUCAGCAUACUGGUCUGUCGAAAACACAGCGCAGAGGGGCUUUGUCAAGCAAACAGUCAACCUGGAAGCGAUACAGUCUUACACGCUGUCUUACUGGUGGUACGUCGACGAAGACGAGCAGCCGCAGAACAUCGAUUGCUUCAUAAUCGUUGAGCAGAGGAGCACCGACGGGCAGAAGGCCACCUUUGUCGACUUCCCGGCCCUCACGACACCUUUACCCCUGAAGACCUGGACAAAGCAGGAAACUGCCUUUAAUUCCAUGUACAUCGCCCCGGCAGUCAUGUCGUUCUUUGUCACCUGUGGUGAUAGUGCGGGCAGUGGGAUCAAGGUUGCUAUUGAUGACAUCUAUGUGGCAAAGCAGACUUAG